UAUAUAUUAUAUAUGUAUACAUUAUUGUGUGUUGUUCUUUACGGUGUAUAAAUAUGUGAUUUUCCAAUUUUUUAGGUUUUUACUCAAUUUCCAAGCGAAAAACACUGAACGAUGAACACGUGCAGAACAUGCCUCAAAACUCCAGCUGAUAAGCGUAUUUUGGAGCUGGAAAAGGUCAUAAAAGAUGGCAACAAGAACUCUUUCCAGGUUAUGCUGUUUUGUUUAGAUAUAGAGGUCAUCGAAACCUCUAAAGUAACAACAAAUUUAUGUAACAAUUGCUAUAGAAAAAUCAUAUCGUAUUACAAGUUCAAGACUCUAUCUCUGAAAAAUGAUGCAUAUUUAAAAUCUUUAGUGCCACCUGUGCAGUUGGAAGACCAGACAUUGUCUGUGUAUGUGGAUGAACUUGGAAUUAAACACGAGAAUUUCUUAGACUCUGAUGAUUUUGGUCCCAGUCUUGUAGAAGACAAUCCAGAAUUUAAAAUAGAAGAGGAGGUUAAGGAAGAAGUAGAAAUGAAUGUUAAGAAUGAAGACACAUGUCAACAUCCAGAGUUAGAUGAAGAGCCAUUGAGUGUGGUACAGAAGGUUAAAUAUGAAAAUGUUAAAAAUGAUUAUAAAGAAAAUGCACCAGUGUACAAAAAACGUGGGCGUUCCAAUAUUGUAAACCUACCAAAAAAAGGAAAGGUGAAAGAAGAGCGUCAAGUGUGUGAGGAGUGCGGCAAGUCCGUCCGUAACCUCAAGGGUCAUUCCCUUCUUCACCAGCAAAAGGGUGAGAGGCAAAUGAUUCAGUGUAAACUCUGCCCGAAACUCUUUAAUACUGACUCAGGUCGCAACAAACAUUACCGUAACAUCCACUUAGGCUUAUCUAAUGUUAGCAAGUCUAUAUGUGAUAUUUGUAACAAAGAGGUUAAACAUCUGAAGGGACACAUAAAAAUGAUGCAUAAUAGAGAAAGUUUACCAUACGGCUGUGGGUCGUGCGAGCGCAGGUUCUUGUGCCGUUCGGCACUUAAGAAACACAUGGCCAAACAUGUUGGCGUGCCAGAAAUACCAUAUGAGUGUGAUAUAUGCAAAAGAAGGUUCCACACUAAGACUCUUGUCUCAAAACAUAUACGGCAAUUCCAUUUAAAUGUAAAGAAUUAUCUAUGUGAAAUCUGUUCUAAGACUUUUUUUGAUAAACAUCCAUUUAUUAUUCAUAUGGAGUCGCACUCCAAGGAGCGGCUAUACAAAUGCAAGGACUGCGGCCUACCCCUCAAGACAAAGGAAACGCUGAGGAAUCACCGCUUGCUCCAUCGUAACGACAAGGAGUUCCCGUGUGAACUAUGCAGCAAGAAAUUCCAAAAACUCGCCUACUUGAGGGUCCACAUGGUGACCCACACGAAGGAGAAACGUUACGAGUGCCGCUACUGCGGCGUGCGUUUCGGCCGCUCGCACCACCGCAGUCGCCACGAGUCCACCGCGCACCAGAAACAGCUAAAAGACGAAUAAACAAUCAUUAAACUUUUA